AUGUCUGUCGACUCGCCUUUUCGCGUCGCAAAGAAAUCAAUGAUUCUCACGAACGGCAACGACCAGCCGGUUGCCUUCAAGGUGAAGACUACCGCGCCGAAGCAGUAUUGUGUGCGCCCGAACUCGGGCCGUAUCGAGCCUGGUGAGCGCGUGGAGGUCCAGGUGCUCCUCCAGCCGAUGAAGGAGGAGCCGCCUGCGAGCGCCAAGUGCCGCGACAAGUUCCUCGUACAGUCCGCCUUGAUCCCGACCGACAAAGAGACGCUCCCUAUCAACGAGUUCUGGGCUGUCCAGGAGCGCCAAAAGGAUUCUGUGUUUGAGCACAAGCUUCGCUGUGUCUUCCUGCCGUCUUCCAGCGCUACGGUGCCGGAAGAAUACGAGGGCGAUGCCCAGGCUGUGGCUGGUGCUGGUGAUGUUGGCGCCGGCGCUGGUGCUGGCACUGCCUACAUGGGCUCGCGUGGCUACGGCGGGAAUGAUUUCGCGCCCCGCGCUGGCGCCGGUGUGCAGCCCCCUAUCACCGCUGGCUCGUUCAGCGCGGUGAACACGCCCGCCUCGCAGCCUGUGUCUCUCCCCGCUGUCCCGGUCGCCGCCAGCUCCGAGGACCUCCAGUCCGAGGUGCAGCGUCUCCGCGCACAGCUCAACAGCCGCACGCAACUCGAGUCGAAGAAGGGUGGUGUUCCGGUGCACAUUGUCGCCGCCAUUGCGAUCGCCGUGUUUGCUGUGACCUACCUGUUUUUUUAA